UACCUACCUACCUUACCUAGGUAUAUGUAUGUGAGUAUUAUCUACAUAAUAAAGAUCAAAAACUGAAAAAUUGUAUGACUUUAAGCAUAAUUCCUGCUCGUACGUUACUCAGCAAGCGAGGUUCAGUCAAGGAUGUCAUCGCUGUCAUCGCUGUCAUCGUCAGCCGCAGAUCCUUGGCCGCGGCAAACCGGGCACUAGACAAAUAGCGUAUCAACUUAACUUAUCACCUAGUCCGGGUUAGUAGUAACUUGGUGUAGACGCGGCACCACCUUGAAUCCAGGUGAGUGGAAACCCAACUUAUUUUGACAGCGGUUCACAUGAACUACUGGCUGCCAACUUACUUAGUUUAUAACGCCCGCCCGUUAUGUAGAAAACUAAGCACCUAAACUGGAAUUGCACAUCUCGCUUUAGUUACGAAGUAUGCACAGGCAUUACAUCAUGACUACUAAGUCUUUGGACUCGUGCGUGGCCAUUUUCUUUGAUCGUAUACCCCGCUUCUUAAGGGGUAUAUGAAAGCUCGAGAGACCGUUCCUCUUGGCGAUUCAGGAACCGAUUCCAGGUACAAGACUGACUAUCCACAUUCGAAUACUUCAUUAGGAACGUUAGCGUUGUGUGCCCCCCUUUUAUAAGUCGAGAUGGUUCACCAACACGGCGACGAGCACGAUAUUCCUGAGGAGCACCACAUUCCUAGACAUGGUGCCUGGCUUCCCGCUGAUCACCGUAUUCAGCACGAGUGGCUGAAGACCCAAAUCGAGCAUGUCGACAACAGCUCUAAGAAGGAGCUGAUUCCUGUCCUUCAACAGUUCAAGAAGCUCAUCGAGGGAAACUCGCGGAUCUAUAUGUACUUCAACCAGAUGUGGGAGGAGAUCCCGCUUAAGAAGCCAUACAACAAGGAUCCGACCGGGACGAAGAAACAGAUCCGGGAUUACCGACACAUGUUGGCGGUGCUGAAUCACAUAUUUACUCAGGCUCCAUUAUGGACUGAUGCUGCAUUCGGUGUUGGCAUGGUCGGUGUUCCGAUGGUGGGCAUCUUUGACUAUGUCAUGGCUACGCCUAGCGGACAUGCUGCAUUUCUGGACCCGGAGGUCAACAAGAUGAUGAAAAAGAUUUUGAAUGAAUGGGGAAAGUUCCUGAAGACUCCAGAAUCGGCGGAGGUUCUCGCGUCUCACAAACAAGGCUGGUUCUCCGAGCACGGCAUGAAAGACCUGAUGGAGGUUGCCAAUGCGCCCUUGAAGAGCUCGCAUCGGUUCGAAGAUAUGUACGUGUGCGACCCUUCGGCCAAGCACUAUGGGUACACCUCCUGGGAUGACUUUUUCACGCGUCAGCUCCGCGAUGAAGCUCGCCCUAUUGCCUCGCCCGACGACCAUAAUGUGAUCGCCAACGCCUGCGAGUCAAAAGUUUACAACGUCGCGCGCCACGCCAAGCUACGUGACCGCUUCUGGAUUAAGAGCCAGCCAUACUCGGUCCUUGAUAUGCUGGGUCACGACCCCUUGGCGGCGCAAUUCGACAAUGCCACGGUGUACCAGGCAUUCCUGUCGGCACUAUCAUACCACCGGUGGCACGCGCCGGUCUCAGGGCGCAUCGUACGUUCUUUUGUCAAGGACGGCACCUACUUUAGCGAGCCCUUGUUCGAAGGGCCGGCAGGCAGUUACGCAGAGGGUGAGCGCAGUACGUCCAAGUCUGGAGAGAUUGAUACGCGGGGAAUUAGCGUAGCGCAGGGAUAUCUGACUGCACUGGCAACACGCGCUGUGAUUUUCAUCCAGGCGGAUAACCCGGCUAUCGGGCUCAUGGCCUUUGUGGGCGUGGGUAUGGAUGAAGUGAGUACGUGUGAGAUCACGGUCGGCCAAGGGCAGUAUGUGCAGAAGGGCGAGCAGCUCGGUAUGUUCCAUUUCGGUGGCUCAUCACAUUGCUUGCUAUUCCGCGCCGGUGUGCAGGUUGACGGCUUCCCAUCUCCGGGAAGACUGGAGAAUGUUCCUGUUCGGGGACAGGUCGCCGUCAUCAAAGGCAGGUAGAUGAGUGGACGAUAUCAUAAUGAAUUUGUAUAUAUGAUUUGGCUGUUUGGCUGUUAGGAAUUACCAAUAGUUGUGAUUUUUACAGCCGAUGUUUUAGUUUGUCGCAGGCCAUAUUUAUAAGUAACUGUUAUUCUCAUGAAGCACUUGAAAGGUGAGUUUACAUGAGUAAGAAAUAAAACAUGUAACUUGAGUA